AUGCCCCUAAACCCACCAACUCCCGAAACAACCACAACUUUCAUCACCGACCUAGCAAACCGCCACCUAAUCUACGAUUAUGAUGUGCAUGACCGCAACGGCAACCUGGACAAAUGGCGCUACGAGCUCUGGUUCUACAACGCCGACCGCGUGAUCUACGCCAUCCACGGAGGCCCCAUGGCCGGCCGCAAAAACUACCAAGAAGCAACAUAUCAGUGCAUUCGGCCGGGCGAACUAUGGCAGUGCAACUGGCUUGAAGAGACGGGGACGAUCUGUUCGCUUGUUUUCGAUAUUCCAAAGGGCAGGAUUACGACGUUGAUUGGGUUUUCGAGGGGGCAUUGGGAGAGGAAUGGUAUGGCGAAGGGGGAUAAAAGGGCGAAGGCGGAUUUGGAGAGGUGGAGGGAGCUGGCGGGGGUGGGAUGGCAGACGGAGAGGGUUAUGUUGAGUGAGCAGGCGAGGGUUGUGGAGGAUUUUUGGGGGGCGGGGCAGUUGGAAGGAAUUGAGAUGGAUUGGCCUACCAUGUGA